UCUUGACACGCGACAAAAUAACUCACAACUGGCAGCUCGUUACACAGUGUGUGGAAGUUCAAACUUGUUCAAACGAUGGGAAAAUUUUGGUUCAACGUCUUGGCUGUCUUGCUAGUUUUCAUAAGCGGUCCUGUUAACGUAGUGACUUCACUGCGCUGCCAUACGUGCACUAAUUUGGCGGCAAGCAACAGCCUAGUAGAGACCGGCCUCUCAGCUAACAAGGCAUGCGAGAUCUUUGACCCGACUGGUGUCAGUCAAGAAGAGUGUCAGGAAAGCUCAAAUGGGAACGAGGUUGUCGCCUGUGAGAAAUGGGAGGGUUCGUUUACCGUCAGCAUUCCUCUACUUGGGUCUACACUAAUAUCAGGACAGAAGAGGGGUUGUGCACUCGUCCCAACUAGUGAGAUGCACACGUGCACGCAAUCGUCUGACGUCACAGCUUUUCUCUCGGAUGCUGUCAAUCUUUACCUUGCUGGUUUAUUCUCACUCAGCGAUGUGCAGGGAAUGUACUGUGCGUGUGAUCGGAAUGACUGCAAUGGUGUGAACGGGUUGAGGAUCGCCAGACCAUGGUUUUUUGUAGCUCUGGUUCUACUCUUUCAGGCUUUUUUACAAUUUCAUUUUCUAUGUUAGCAAUCGUCUUCAAUAAUGAAUGGUGAAUGGGAGACUUCUGGUGACACUAUGGGUGGGAGCAGACUCCAAUGGGUAAAUCCAUGGUUAUUGGUAAUGUGCGCAUGCUCAGAACUACGCAAACAAUGAACAUAUAUCUGGUAAGUCUGCUGCCACCUAGCGUUCCAUAUUCCCCAUUGGUUGGAAUUUUGCUGGUGUGUAAACUGCCCCUGUCUUUAAGAUAGGUACCUGCUUUUUAGAUCCAGUGAUUCCAUUUGAUACAAUGAUAUUGGAUAAACGCGCGCGCACAGUGACAUAACAUGCCAAACAGCACACUCAGUUUUUCAAGUCUGACAUAUAAUUUGACUGCGUAUCUCUGUGUGAAAUAAAUGUAGGCCAAAGGUAAAUGUACACGCCGGUUUGGAGGCAGGUCUCUGGCGUUAUUCACGUCAGGGCCCAAUUUCAUAGCGCUGCUUAGCG